AUGGCCACCGCCUUCGAGUCCCCGACCUCCUCCCCCGCCGCCGCGCCCUUCCACGACGACCCUUUCCUCCACUUCGACGGCUCGGCCCCCGCCCCCGCCGCCGACGGCUUCCCGGCCUCCCCGGACGCCUACGCGCCCUCCCCCUUCGGCAUGCCCCACUCCAACGGCGACCUCCACGACGACCCUUUCGCCGCACCCGCUGACUCCUACGGUGGGCCCAUCCUCCCGCCGCCCACCGAGAUGGGCCGCGAGGAGGGAUUCCUGCUCCGCGAGUGGCGCCGGUAUGGCAACGCUUCCCUUCCUCUCGCUUCUGCUGCCCAGAUCUGCCUGCACCCGCUGUCUGCUUACAUUAGAUCUACGCCUCGGGUCGGAUCCGAUCGUGCCGCGCCGACCUACCUACAACAAAAUGCUAUCCACCUUGAGGAAAAGGAGAAGAAGGAGAAGGAGCUGAGGAGCCAAAUCAUCGUCGAUGCUGAAGAGUUUAAGAAAGCUUUUGUUGAGAAGAGAAAGCUCAAUGCUGAGACAAGCAAGGGCCAAAACCGUGACAGGGAGAAGCUUUUCCUAGCAAACCAGGAAAAGUUCCAUGCUGGUGCGGAUAAGCAGUACUGGAAGGCGAUAUCAGAACUUAUCCCACAUGAGAUUGCUAACAUCGAGAAGAGAGGGGCUAGGAAAGAUAAGGAGAAGGAGAAGAAGCCUGGGAUCGUGGUGAUCCAAGGCCCAAAGCCUGGGAAGCCAACAGACAUGGCACGGAUGCGGCAGAUAUUGCUGAAGCUGAAGCACACUCCCCCACCACACAUGAAGCCACCUCCACCACCUGCUGGAGCCACUGGAAAGGAUGGAGCACCAGCCGCUGCUGGAAAGGAUGGAGCUAAGCCAGCAGCCCCUGCCAAUGGCAAUGUCCCUGAGAUGGAAAAGGCCGCUGCGGCGGCACCAGCGCCGGCAGCAGCACCACCACCAGCAACUGACGGGCUGCUGCAGUGCAUCCCUGUCCUGUCCUGUCUCCUAUCCAGCUAUCCUGUCCGAUGGCUGCAAGUUCCUCCCCCCCCACCACCCAGCCGGAGCCUCCUCGCCACCCGACCCCUUUUCUCGCCGUCGAGGUCGAGGACGAGGACGAGGAGGCCUCCUCCAUCCACAUCCACCCCGCCUCGCCUCAGCUGUCUCCGACCGCCCUCUGCCUACUUUUACUCUUACUCCUCCCCGUCGGCGUCGGCGUCGGCGUACAACGGCUGGGCCGACCUCGCCGCGGCGCCCGACACCCCUUUCCCCUUCCCCCUCCCGCUGCAGCCCACGGCGCAUGGCCUCCUCGUGCUCCUCCCCGCCGCCGCGCUCGCCCUCUCCCUCUCCCUCGCCCGCCUACCUCCCCUCCCCCUCCUCGCGGCCGCCUUCACCGCUGGAUUCGCAGCCAGGCACCUGUCCUCCUCAGCGCAGCCAGAACCCCCCCGCCGCCUCUCCGCCCUCCUCGCCGAUCUCGAUGCCCAGGCCCGCGCCUUGAGGAACGAGCUGCUCUCCGACGCCCGCCCGGGCCUCCUCGUCCAGGCCGUCGAUCGCCUGCGCGAUGCCGUCGCCGACGCCGCCAGAGUGGCCGCGCAACAAGGCGACACCGGCCGCACCGUGUCAGAUGCGCUCGGACCGCUCUGGGAGGUCGCUGACUAUCUCGGUGCCUGGGCUCGCCACGCCGUGCGGGACCUCAGCCUCAGCUCGCCAAGGAAGAAGCCGGCAAAAAGCAACAACACUUCAGAUGUUCAAGUCGUGGCCAAUCCCAACAACCAGGCUACUGCUGCUGCUGCUCAACAGCAACAAAAAAUUGGGAAUAAUAAGCCCGCGGAUUCUACUCUGCAACAAGAGCCUUUUGCAUUUGAUCCGUCUAUAGUCGAUAAUGCAAAUGGGUGGCCGCUUGACAUGCUGCAGUUUGACGAGGAUGACAAUGGAUCCAAGGAUGCAGGAACCGGUGCUCAGGCCACGACGGGGAUGGGGGAUGCUCGGUUGGAGAGACUGGUGUCCAAACACAGGCACCGGCGUGACAGUGUGCAGAAUGAUGGCCCAUUUCAAGGUGGUUCUACUAGGUUUUCCGCCGAAUCCAUGGAGUCAUCUUUGCUGGAGAGGACACUUGAAAUCCGGGACAGGUCCUACAGGUUCAAGAUUGAGCGCCGCGGCGACGGUGGUAGCCAGGUGAGUGAAGCACAAGACAGGACUGAUGACCGCUUUGUCGAUAAUGCUGCUGGUUUGCAUCCUUUAUAUGAUGAGGAAAGCGCCUCUGCUGAUUCGGAUGGCGAGAAGUUCAGCCGAAACGUCAAGGAAGCUGCAGAGAUCUUGAGGAAGGCCAGGGAAUCCAUGAUGGCCAUGGCUGACGAAGAGACUGCAGAUGCACUGCUGUACAAGUCAGCUAGGCUCCUUUCCACAGCUGUAGCUUUGAGGCCAACAAGCCUGGUAGCAGUGGGUCAGUUAGGGAACACGUACCUCCUCCACGGAGAGCUCAAGCUCAAGAUUAGUCGCGAGCUGAGGACACUCUUGGCCAACAGCGGUGCUUUUCUGAAUGGAAGGGAGCGUGUUUCACGGUCCAGGAAGGUAGAUAGGAGAAUCUUAAGCAGAGAGAGCAUUUCAUCUGCUCUUGUCGAUGUAUGUGAAGAAUGUGAAAGCCUCCUUGUUGAGGCUGGCAGAAGCUACAGGAUGGCCCUCUCGAUUGAUUCGGGUGACGUCAAGGCAUUGUACAACUGGGGACUGGCACUUAUUUUCCGGGCACAAUUACUUGCUGACAUCGGACCGGAAGCAGCAGUCGACGCUGACCGGGUGUAUCUAGCUGCAAUUGAUAAGUUCGAUGCCAUGUUGUCGAGAAGCAACACUUAUGCUCCAGAAGCUCUCUACAGAUGGGGCACUGCACUGCAGCAGCGGUCCUAUCUGCGGCCUCGGAACAGCAGGGAUAAGGUUAGGCUUCUGGAGCAGGCGAAGAGCUUGUUCGAAGAUGUGCUAUAUGUGGAAGCAGACAACAAGAUGGUGAGGGAGGCGCUGUCAUCGUGCAUAUCAGAGCUCAACUACCAUGGCCGGUGGUUAUAG